AGAAGCCAUAGGAGAGUGCGACCCGCGGAGGGCAACUCAGGGCCGCACAUGUGUCUGGGCGCCGCAUUCCGAGCAGUGGCGCCCCCUGGGCUGGGCCACACAGAGGCAAGGCCUCUACCGCAAAGGAGGCCUGGCCCCUGAGGGCCCCUCCUCUCGUGUGGCUGAUCCCUGGCCUGGGCCUGCAUGGGAGCUUUGUGGUUGGCUACAUCGGCCUUUUCCAUGCUAGUGAAUGGCCUUAAUCCAAGGAGUUGUUCUGUGGACAUUAGGCAGUUGAGAAGGGCUCCCUAUGGGACCCAGGUUUCUGCUCCACAGCACCAUCCUCGCUGAAAAAAUGUUACAUCUGAACCCCUGUACCCCAGAAAUGAAUCAGGUUGCAGAGAAAAAGAAUGGCGUCUUGUGUAUCCAAAAACCCCAUCUCAGAGGCGAUCUAUAUAACCUGAGAGCUCCUACUCUAACCAGAACUUUAUGGCAGAAAUUGGGAAGUCUGAGGGAAAAGGCUUUUAGAUGCAGACAGCUACCGAAUUUGCUCACUCUCACGUGCUUUGAGACUUGGCCUGUUUGUUCCAAAGCCCUGAGGAGAGGGGAAUCUGCAUUUCCCUGAGAGGAAGAUAUGACAAAGUUCCAGGAGACAUGAAUGAAAGUUCUGUGGAAAACCAAGAGAAAGAACUUCAGGAUCUGUUAUGGCAUCUACUGGCUAAUUUUUAAAGAGAUGACAAUAUAAUACCUGGAAUCUGGAUUACAUUAUAAAUCCUUAAAGAGAAGUACAUGGGGAUCCUGAGAUAUUUCUCUGUGUCAAAAGUGGAGAGAAGCAUCUUGUCAUAGUUACAGAAACAGGAAUAGUGUUGUUACUCUUCAAAGUGAUGAUUUCAGAAACAUUGCAAGUGAAAUAUAUUUGUCUUUGAAAUUCCAAGCCAAAUGGCCACACAAGACUCCCCUGUGAAAUUCUGUAAGAAAGAACUUCAGGAUCCUCAGGAGAGCAGAGAUCUCUUUGUAACUGAAGAAAACACUGAGAGAAAAGUAAUAAGAGGGGAAAAUCUUUCGAUGAACCGUUGUUCAGAAAACCUUCAAGUUAAACUUGUGUCUGAUGUAACAGAACUGGAGUCACCAUUGUUUGGUCAUGAGGCAAAUUGCCAGAGUAGACAGUUGGAGCGUUCUUUGGGUCCCUUUGACGGUAACUGUAAAGAUAUUUAUAGAUGGAGAUCACAGUUGGUUAGCUGUAGUCAUCAGAGAGCUCACACAGAGGAACAACCCUGUAACCAUAAUGACUGUGGGAAAAUACCAAUUACCAACCCAGAUGUUCACCCCUCUGAAAAAAUCCAUACUGCAGACAAACAGUGCAAAUGUGGUGGGUGUGGCAAGGACUUCAGUCAGAACUCAGAAAUACCACUUCAUCAGAGAGACCACACAGAAGGAAAACCCUACAAAUGUGAGCAGUGUGGGAAGGGCUUCACCAGGAGCUCUAGUCUGCUGAUCCAUCAAGCAGUCCACACGGAUGAGAAACCUUAUAAGUGUGACAAGUGUGGGAAGGGCUUCACCAGGAGCUCUAGUCUGCUUAUCCAUCACGCAGUCCAUACGGGUGAGAAACCUUAUAAAUGUGACAAGUGUGGGAAGGGCUUCAGUCAGAGCUCCAAACUGCACAUCCACCAGCGAGUCCAUACUGGGGAGAAACCCUAUGAGUGUGGGGAAUGUGGGAUGAGCUUCAGUCAGCGCUCAAACCUGCACAUCCACCAGCGAGUCCACACAGGAGAGAGGCCCUACAAGUGUGGAGAGUGUGGGAAGGGCUUUAGCCAGAGCUCAAACCUUCACAUUCACCGGUGCAUCCACACAGGAGAGAAGCCUUACCAGUGCUAUGAGUGUGGGAAGGGCUUCAGCCAGAGCUCAGACCUUCGCAUCCAUCUCAGGGUCCAUACUGGGGAGAAGCCCUAUCACUGCGGCAAGUGUGGGAAAGGGUUUAGCCAGAGUUCCAAGCUCCUCAUCCAUCAGAGAGUGCAUACUGGAGAGAAGCCCUAUGAGUGCAGCAAAUGUGGAAAGGGCUUCAGCCAGAGCUCCAACCUUCACAUCCACCAGCGAGUUCACAGGAAAGAUCCCCAUUAAGUGACAUGAACCUGUUCAGGCUUUUGAGUACUUGUACUAUAAAGACUCAAAUAUUUUUAGUGUAACUCUUACUGCAUCUCAUGAAGGAGAUAGAUAGUAAGGUUAUUCAUAUAUGUUCCCUCACUGAAAAAUCAUUCAUCCAUUUAAAGUAUUUAAGUAUCAAGCACUGUGUUAUGGUAUACAAUGAGUGGACUAUUAUUCUGGUUGAUGACAGAGUGAAAACAUCUGUGCUGUGCAAUUUAGCAGUGUUAUUAGAACUAUGUAUCCUAUCCAGAAUUUUUAACUGCAAGAACUUUAUGUUUAUCCAAGCAGGGCAUGUUUUUCUUUGUUCACAUUCUCUUGAGAAAUUAGACUUAUUGUUUCUCUUCAAA